UGCGUCAUUUAAAAUUUGGCUCUAUAAUGACACUCCUCAUGUGCAACUUGUGUAUGAGCGCACAAAGUGGGGUGGACAGGAGAUAUCUAAAUGAAACUCUGUCAAUUGAUUCAAUAAAUAGCUUACAAAGGAACUCAAAUAUAUUGAAUGAUGCAAAUUACAAAAAUAUAACAAUUACAAAUUAUAAUUUCAAAAUAACCAAAAGAUCUGCAAACAUCACUGAAGAUAUCAUCACUACCGGUGAAGAGUUUUUAGAAUUAAAAAAUUCAAGCAGAACUAAAACGACAAACCCAAUUGAUAAUACAAAUGAAAUCAACAAUAAUACCAAAGAUGUCACAUCUGUUGAUUUAACAACAGAAUUCUACGAUCAAUAUAAUUACACUGAAGAACCGUGUGUGGGUGACCCGGAGUUCUGCAAUAUGACAAAGGAAGAAUAUUUGCUGAUGCUAUAUGACUAUAUAUAUCCGCAACCAUAUGAGUGGGUCCUAAUAGCUACACAUGCGAUAGUCUUCGUCAUUGGUUUGAUAGGCAACGCUCUUGUCUGCAUAGCUGUGUACAGGAACCACUCGAUGAGAACGGUCACCAAUUAUUUCAUAGUGAACUUGGCGGUUGCUGACUUUAUGGUCAUUCUUAUCUGCUUGCCACCGACUGUGCUAUGGGAUGUCACUGAGACCUGGUUCUUUGGUACUGCUAUGUGCCGGAUUGUAUUAUACUUUCAGUCGGUGUCAGUGACGGUGUCAGUUCUGACACUCACCUUCAUCUCAGUGGACCGCUGGUAUGCGAUCUGUUUCCCAUUAAAGUUCAAGUCGACAACCGGCCGCGCCAAAACUGCCAUCUUGAUUAUAUGGCUACUGUCUCUGUUGUUCAACGUGCCAGAAUUUGUGGUGCUGCAAGUGGAAAGGAAGAUGGAGCUGAGAUUCAACGUGCAGUAUUUCAUGCAGUGCACCUCCACCUGGUCAGACGAUAGUGACCUUAAAUGGCACAUAAUAAAGGCACUUUUCCUGUACACGUUUCCUCUACUGCUGAUGAUGAUCGCCUACUGCCAGAUCGUGCGAGUUCUGUGGAGGUCAGACAAUAUCCCCGGUCACACGGAGUCACAUAAACUGUGCUCAACGCCCAGCGGACAGACUAAUUGGCUGGCUGCCAACAGACGCACAACGCCCUCCAUCCACGCCAAUGCGUCAACCGAGGGCCAGCUGCGGUCGCGGCGCAAGGCGGCCAAGAUGCUGGUGGCUGUCGUCGCCAUGUUCGCCGUCUGCUACUUCCCAGUGCAUCUGCUUUCUGUACUCAGGGUGGCGUACGACGUGCAGCAGAGCGACGUGAUGACCUGCAUCGCGCUCAUCUCUCACGUCAUGUGCUACGCCAACUCCGCCGUCAAUCCUCUCAUAUACAACUUCAUGAGUGGAAAAUUCCGCCGAGAAUUCCACAGGUCCUACUUCAAAUGUUUGUGUUGCUGCUUCAACUCCGCAACUCCCGACCAGAACGGUACCUCCUUCGCCCCCAUCGGCAGCUCCAGAGCGGGCACCACUCGCACUGUCGUCAGAAGGAACGACUCCUGCGUCAGCUACAGACUGACGCAUCUCUCUCCUUCGAACCAACACAGCAUACACAGAGACUGCGGCAGGAACACCAACACGUCAUUCAUCGAGCAUAUGAACGGCAACAGACGUCCUAAGAUCAGAGACGACUCUAUCAGCGAAUCGGGCACCAGGUUCACCUUAGCGACCGAUGUCGGCAAAGAUUGACAUUUGGAUAAAGAUAAUUUCUUCGUCUGCUACAACAAUGACUUGAGGAACCGCGACGGAAUCGAAAGAUACAUUGCUAGGAGUACGAACAGCAUCGAUUGUAAACCUUAUUACGAUUGCUUUAAGGGUGCGGGUCCUAGUAGUGGGUGUGAGAAGACCGCGACGGUGACAGAGGAGAGACACAGCGACACGCACGCGGACUAUCGGGAGUGUGACAAGGAAUGGCGGGAAUUUUUCAGGGUCGACGACGAAACUAAAAACGGGUUUAAAUUUAAAUUUAAUCGUAGCUUAAACAGCUGUCAAAUUAAAA